AUGACGUGGAUACCGCCGGAUAUAGCUCCGCUGUGUACGACGGCUCAGGGAAAUCUAACACAAUGUGCUCCCAUCGGAUUCGCUUAUUUGGCCUUAUUAGCGCAACUUUUUGGGAAGCCCAUGUUUGACGAAGAUCCGAGACAAAAUACCUACUCUUCUCUAUAUACCUCUGAUGAUUUAAAAAAUAAUGAUCAUAGCGACAAUAUGCCGGAUUUUAAGAAAAAAUCUACAGAUGACGUCAGAUUUAUUUACGACUUCAUUAUUGUUGGUGCCGGCUCGGCAGGGUGUGUACUUGCAAAUAGACUAUCUGAAAUAGAAAAUUGGCAAAUUCUACUUCUCGAGGCGGGCGAGGAAGAACCAAAUGUUACCAGUAUUCCAGCCGCCGCAGCUGUACUUAUUAACUCGAAUAUUGAUUGGGCAUACAAAACAGAGCCAGAUAAUGUGACCUGCCUACAGCAGAAGGAUCAAAUAUGUGUGUGGCCGAGAGGAAAAACUAUGGGAGGAUCAAGUGCAAUUAACUACAUGACUUACAUGAGAGGCCAUAGAGUCGAUUAUGAUGAUUGGGCUGCCGAUGGUAACGAAGGAUGGAGUUACAAAGAAGUUUUACCCUAUUUUGAAAAAUCAAUUUCUCUUCGCGGACCUAUAUAUAGUAAAAGACUUCACGGGAUUAGAGGGCCUUUAAAUGUAGAAAGAUUUCAAUAUACCGACGAGCCAUCAAAAAUUAUAGUAGAAGCUUUCCAAGAAAUGGGUAUACCGCUCAAAGAUCUGGGUCUGGAGAGUAAAGUAGGUGUAGAUAUAAAUCUUACUACUUCUAAAGAUGGUAAAAGGCAAUCCACAAAUGUGGCUUUCAUCGAACCUAUACGACGGGAAAGAAAAAACCUUCACAUCAUUACCAAUGCACUUGCCACUAAAAUACUAAUGAAAAUAGACAAAAAUGAAGCUCACGGCAUAGAAUAUUAUAAGGAUGGAAAGAAAUAUCAAGCUUACGCAAGAAAAGAAGUAAUUAUCAGUGCAGGGUCUAUUGAUUCACCUAAAUUAUUGAAAGUUUCUGGUAUAGGUCCUCGUGAAGAGCUAGAAAGCCUUAAUAUUCCUGUUAUAGCUAAUUUAAGAGUUGGUUACAAUCUUCAAGAUCAUGUCACUACAGAUGGUUUAUUGUUUUCUCUUUCAAACAAUACUUCAACUUUAACUAGUAAUUUUCAACUACUUCGGGAUGUUUUGAAUUAUUAUAAACAACCUGAGAAGAAAAACGGUCCCCUGGCAACGACAUCUAUUGUCAAUAGUGUUGCUUACUAUAACACAAAUGGAACAAAGAAUGACGCCCCAAACAUACAAUUUCACUUUGACUCUAGACGUCUUGAAGAUUUCGUUAUCGACCCAGAAACUUACAUUGCAACUAAUAUAUUUCCGUUUUCCUACUUUGAUGCAGUUGCAGUGCGUCCCAUAUUAUUAACACCUCAAAGCAGAGGUGUCAUUUUACUAAACCGAACCGAUCCUAUUUUCGGACCUCCUAUUAUUAAUUCGGGUAUAUUUCAAAAGCCACAAGACUUAGAGUAUUUAGUGAACGCUACGAAAUUUGUUAUUCGCUUAGAAGAUACACAAAUUUUUAGAGAUAGUGGCAUCUCUUAUUACAAACUCCCUUUAAAAGGAUGUGAGCAAUACGCAUGGGGAACGGACGCGUAUAUUGCUUGUCUCUUCACAGAUUACACGACUACUAUAGCUCAUCCAGUUGGUACAUGCAAAAUGGGACCAGCGUAUGAUAAAGAUGCAGUAGUUGAUCCGAGAUUCAGGGUACAUAAAGUCAAGAGAUUGAGAGUAAUUGACUCGUCUACGAUGUCAAAAAUCAUCCGAGGUAAUACAAAUGCGCCUACAAUAAUGAUGGCUGAAAAGGGCGCUGAUAUGAUAAAGGAAGAUCAUAAUAUACGCAUUGUAAAAUUGAAAUAA